AUGGUCAGCGACGGCUACACCCAGCGCAUGGUACGAGCAUUCCACAUCACAUCUCUCAUGGAAACAAUUGCCCCGGACCCUACGCUGAAGAAUUGGUUCGUCGAGCUCGACGUCGACUGGGUUCUCCAAUUACGGCCGCAGCUCCGGCUCCGGCUCCAAAAGGUGACUGCAUAUUGGCGCCAACAAUUGGUCCAGAGGUGGAUCCGAGCUCUCACCAUAAUUGUCGCCAGUAUCAAGGAAGUAAUGCUCGUCCAUGAGGCGCUGGCUGUCGCACGGUUUGGCAAAGCGAGUAUCUUAGCAAUGCUCGUCGUUGUUGACACCAUGCUCAAAGGUAUCGAGGAGGAUAAGCUACAGGUUGCCCUGCACAUGUACAUGUGCGUCUCCAGCACAUCAUACAUGAUUAUGAUGAUGCCCGCUGUCUCUUUGGAAGCCCAACACAUUUUCGAUGAGAUAAGCGUCUUGUUGAAGACAGAAGAGAACGGAUUAACUCAGGCCAUAUCCAGCACCAUGAUGGACAUCAGGUCAAAUUAUUGUGACAACCCGUGGACUAUUGAGAUUGCACGAAGCGGAGGAAGAGUUCACAGAAAUAUUCGGUUCUUGGUGCAUUGCAUACUGUCGAUGAGGAAAGCAUGUGCUUCCACGCUCAACUCUGCACAAAGCCAAAACACUGUAAAGAUUCGUGACGCCAUAGAUGAAACAAUUGAUUAUCUUAAGGAUCAGCUUCUGAGAAAAUCGGAGUGGUUCUUGGAUCCAAGGCUCAGGUCUAUGUUCCUACUCAACAAUUCCUAUUUUGUUGCUCAGGUGAUGUCUCACUCUCACCCAUCGGGAACUAAACUUACACCAGAAUGCGAGAAGUACAUGGAUUUCUAUCUUCAUUUUUCUUGGGGACAUGUGUUGUCUUGCAUACCGAAAUCAAAAUUUCCUGGACUUCUACGUUGUUGGAUCAACACUUCUCCACUAGCUAAAUUCGAGUCAGCAUUUCAUAAAACAUACCAGACUCAGAAGUUCUGGAAGGUUCCGGACCCCCAGCUCAGAGAUGUGCUGCGCAGAGCUAUCAUCAAGAGAGUCAUUUCAGGUUACCGUGACUACCUGAAGGAGCAUCCAGAGCUAGCUGAACAGGUAAGCCGCGGAAGCAGCAGUCCCGAGGUAUUGGAGGAGAUGCUGGGAGACCUAUUUGAAGGAUGA